CUCGCGCGGCUUCCCGCCCCCGUGACUCUGUGUCUUCGCAGCUCGGUGUCGGUAUAUAAAGGAGAGAGACGGCUUGGAGCAGACGGCUGAGACGGCCCUCCGAAACCUGGCCUGAGUACCCCUCUAUUCCCCCCCCUCACCCUCCCACCCCGCCUGGGGCACCUCCUCCCCUACCUCCUCACCCCAGGGGGGCAAUCUCUAAUCUGUGACCCCCUGUAAUAAUAGAGGGGGGCUUUAUACCGCCCCCACUGUCUCUAUCAGCCCCCCUUAGUGUGAUACCCCCUGUGUGAGGGCGGAGGGGGCUGUUAUUUUAUUGCCCUAAUCCUCACAUAUGUGGGGGCAAACCUUCUAACUGCCCCAUCACCCCCUCUCUCUGGGCGGGAAGGGGAGAUCUAGUAUAUUCCUUUCUGAAUACCCUCUGUGUGGGCAGGUAGUAAUCCCCUUUAUACCCCCUUAUAAUACCCCUCUAAUUUAUCCUGCCUGUAUAAUACCCCAAGGGGUAAUUGAUUUCCCCCCCCCAUGUAAUCUCAGUUUGUGCCUAUAGUAAUACCUUUUAUUGCCCCCCACCCCCUCUGUGUAUUUUAUUACCCCCAUGUAAGUUCCCUCUUCGGGUCAUUUAUUGCCCCUCCUGCAUUUAAGUGCCCUGUUGCCCCUCCCCCAUAUGUAAGACCCCCACACCUCCUGUGUGAGUUCCUUUAUUGCCCUUUUUGCAUUAUCUGUUGCCCCCCUACAUUCAGAGUGAGGGGGAGGUGUGGGUGGUUUGCAAGGCUUUCGUCCCUUUGUUUGUCGAUUGGGAGAGAGGGGUAUCUAGGACAGGGAUAUAUAUACCCCUUCCUAAUCACUAAACUGUUGGAUAUGGCGUCUUCGGCUAAUGCCAACCCCGUGGUAAGGACCCCGUGCCCACCCCUGGGGCAGAUGACGAGUGGUGGAUUGAGACAAAGAAUGUUGGAGUGUGGGCUUGUGUGUUGGGGAGCGGGUAGAAUGUUGGAGGGUUCACCCCAUUCCAUCUGAGAAUGUUUGUCAGUGACUGGAUGAAGGGGUAUUCACUGGUCCUGAAUAGGAGAGAUACAUCUGUGGUAUUGAAGGUCACUGCCCCUCUCCCUGGGACCUGUACAGCCUGGGUUAGGAGGUUCACCAUGUGAGCUGUGUACCCCAAACAAAUGGGAGUUUCAUGUCCCCAGGGAGACCAUUGCAGGCUGCUCCUUAUAUAUUCUCUAUUCUAUUUUUAAGGCUGGGGUGCCUCUGAAUUUUUAUCAUAAUAAAAUUAAAAAUAUAUAUAAUCCAAAAACCUGCUGAAAUGCUGGGUUAACCCCCAGCACGUGUUGUGUAUUUUAACUCUCUCCUUACAGCCUCCUUGUUGGGCAGCUGGCAGCUCACUGCCCUAACAUGGCUCCCCCUGACUGCAUCCAGCCAUAUAUACAGUCAGCAAGGAGGGGAAGGUGCUUGGCUGCUGACGUCAACCCCAGUGUCACCCCACCUCCCCCUUUUAUGAGGCUUUAAAUAGGAGCAGGCACUGGGAGGGGGAGCAGUGCAGGGAGAGGCUCAGCUUCAUUUCUGUCAUUCCUGGUCUCUUGUAUAGAGGGGAGGGACACGGUUUUGCUCUUCCUGUUGAUCCAUUACUGUAUGUUGUGUAAUACAUCUGCUGCACCACCGUGGCAGUAAAGUAUAUAAUGGAAUAGAUCUAGAACGCUCUAUAGAAUUAGAAUUCGAAUUUUCAUGUGUUGUAUUGUGUAUGACUUUUGUAAGUGGGGGCAAGAACAUAUGCAGGUUUGGUUACAAUUUCAAAUUGUGGGCCUGCUGUUUUUUUUUGUUUUUGUUUUUUAAAGUCUGGCUAUUUUGAUCUUAGAUUUGAAAUUCAUCUUGAAUUAUUUAUUUAGUAUAUAAUCCUCAUGGUGUAAUUCCUUGGUAGCUUGAAGGCUUAUUUAAAUUCUGUUAGCGUGAUGUUUGAGUGUCGGUUGUCAUCCUCAAAGACAGGAUUAUAGUGUUUGAUCUGUGUUGCUUGUUUGUGUAAAGUUUAGUUAAAUAUUAAUAACUAAAUUCCUACCAGACCCAGUAUUCCCAAUAAAGAUCAUUGCUGUCCAUUGUUAUUGUAGAGUUUUGGCUCACUGAGCAACAUGGGAGAUGUAAUCCACGAGAAUCCCAGGUUUAGCUUCAAAUCUAGAGAAGAUAGUUGACUUUGUCUGUGGUUUUUUUUUUUUUUUUUUUUAUGCAUCUAUAACAAAGGAUUGCAUAAUUUUAUAUAACUUGUGGGUUUUUCAGACCACUUAUCUCUAGCAGAGGGUCAUAUCAUUGUACAGCGCUGCAGCAUCUGUUGGCACUUUAGAAAUAAUAAUUGGAACUCCUAGUUCAAAAUCAGCUGUAGGUAUAGCAAAUGGGUAUUAUAGCUGUACAGCAUAUUGCAGUAUUAGAGCUGUAUGCUUGUUUAUCCUAGUCUUUGCUUCUCACCAUGUAACUGUCUAUAUAGAUGUAUGAUGGUUAUAAUUCUCCCUGAGUUCAAAUAGCACAUUGGCAGGUCAUCUUACUGCCUGUGGCAUUAGGUCUGUCACAUCACUGUGUAAGAUGUUCUUGUUGGCAUAUGAUCCUAGCAACUGCUGUACGAAUAAGGUGACAUUAGUGAAUGUGUAUGUAUACUAGUAACCAGUCCCAGAACUGCGGUUAACUGAGUGGCCAUUACUGUGGACUUGUUUGUUCAAAUUGGUAUUUACAAGUUGCUCUAUUUUAUAAUGGAUUAUUAAAAGAACGCUAUAGUGUCCGAAAACAUGUAUUCCUGACACUGUAAUUCAGGAAUGCACCAUUAGGUUCUUGGCACCCACUCUUUCAGGAUAUUUAAAGGACCACUAUAGUGCCAUGAAAACAAACUCAUUUUCCUGGCACUAUAGGGUCAUUAGGUCCCCCACCCUCGUGACCCCCCCUUCCCGCUGGGCUGAAGGGGUUAAAACCCCUCCAGCCACUUACCUUUCUCCAGAGCUGGGCUCCCUCAGCGCUGGGGAACUCUCCUAUUCCUGCCGACGUCAGCGCCAAAUGUGCUGCAAGAGCUGCGUGCACAUUCAAAACGCCCAUAGGAAAGCAUUACUCAAUGCUUUCCUAUGGAUGUCCAUAGUCGUUUUACUGUGACUUUUCAGUGAGAAUCACGGAAGCGCUUCUAGCGGCUGUCAGCGAGACUGCCACUAGACGCUGGAUUAACCCUCCGUGUAAACAUAGCAGUUUCUCUGAAACUGCCAUGUUUACAGCCGCAGGGUUAAAACUAGAGGGACCUGGCACCCAGACCACUUCAUUGAGCUGGUCUGGGUGCCUAUAGUGGUCCUUUAAGGUGAUUUUACUCUUUCUCCCUCGCCACAACUGGCUCCGCCUCCAUGGCUGUCAGUUUUAAUUAUUUCUGUCAAUUCAAUGCAGAGCGUGGAGAUGCUGAAUGCCAGUGCGGCACAGACGUUAGUCACCUCUAGUGGCCAUCCGAGUGACCUCCUCCAGCGGUGUAACUAGCCAGCCCAGCAAUGUAAAAUGUUUAUGGUGCUAAGGCGGCAGGGACAUUCUAUAGACACCGGAACGGCUACAUUAAACUAUAGUGGUUUUGGUGACUUGUGUUCCUUUAAACUCUAUUUUGUAGUUCUAAUCAAUGAAGAUAUUACAGUAUUUUAGACUCCAGUCUUUUAAAGGGUUCCAAACUACACGGAUGUUUGCAGACGUGGAGAAAUGGAUAUCAUGCAAUGCACGUCACAACAUAUGAAUGUCUGAUGUAAUCGACCUCUUUUCAUCCGUUAAGGAGCCAUUUUGUGUAGAUUUGUUUGGUGAUUUGAAAAGCCUAAUCUCUGGCUUUAAUUUAUCACAUUCCUGUAUAAAAGCUUUUUGCUGUUGGCUGUCUCUGUUGUUGGACAGGUGUGGAUGGAAGACAUCUGUGUAAUGAAUUGAAUUCUCAUCUAAUCCAGGUUUUCUUAUUUCUAGGUAUUUAGUUAAACAUGUCUGCAGACUGGGCUUAGGCAACCAGGAUUAAAGGACCACUAUAGUGCCAGGAAAACAUACUCGUUUUUCUGGCACUAUAGUGCCCUGAGGGUGUCCCCACCCCUCCCGCCCGGCUCUGGAAAGGGGUAAAAACGUACCUUCCAGCGCUGGGCGGAGAGCUCUCCUCCUCCGAUCCUACUACUCUCCUCCCCGUCGGCUGAAUGCGCACGCGCGGCAAGAGCUGCGCGCGCAUUCAGCCGGUCACAUAGGAAAGCAUUCAUAAUGCUUUCCUAUGGACACUGGCGUGCUCUCACUGUAAAAAUCACAGUGAGAAGCACGCAAGUGCCUCUAGCGGCUGUCAAUGAGACAGCCACUAGAGGAAAUAGGGGAAGGCUUAACCCAUUCAUAAACAUAGCAGUUUCUCUGAAACUGCUAUGUUUAUGAAAAAAUGGGUUAAACCUAGCUGGACCUGGAACCCAGACCACUUCAUUAAGCUGAAGUGGUCUGGGUGCCUAGAGUGGUCCUUUAACCAUCACGAACACUUUAGACUGUUAACGGUCUGUUAAUAAGAACUGCAGUUUCUCAACUUUGAGCUUCAGAACUAGUGUAAUUUGAAAACCUAACUACUUACUGGGGCAUCCUUUUAGUGAUACUUGACCGGUGAAACGUUUUCACCAUUUUUGCUGGAAUCCGAAAGCUUUAUAGUUGAUUGAAUUGGUCUCCCUGUCCUGAUAGUCACCCUUAAGAUAUGGAAACGAUAAACUGGUGUACUACAAUUUGCAUGAUACAUCAUAGGUGAGCUAAGCCAUUUCUUUUAAAGGAAGGCUGUGCAAUAACUCAACUGUUUGAGAAUGGGGUGCAAGGCAAACAUUCUUAGUUUUGUGGUUAUUCACUCAUCUAGACUUUGUAAUUAAUUCACUAAACUCUGAAUUUAAAAGAAAAGUCCAGCAAUACCCAGGCUGGAAUUGUUAAGUUAAGCUUGAAUUUUUCAAAUUCUGUUAUUUCUGGCAAAUUAUUUUUGUAAACAUUAAGUGUAUAGAGGUCUGCAGUACACACUAGGUCCUAGGAUAUAAUGUGCACUGAAAUAGAUCAAUUGUAAUGAAUUGUUCUUAUAUUAUUUGAUAUAGAAUUGGGCCACUGUUCUCUCUUGCAGCCUAAACUAUACAGAUCUGUCAUUGAAGAUGUCAUUAACGACGUGCGAGAACUCUUUCUGGAUGAAGGGGUCGAUGAGCAAGUCCUUAUAGAGCUCAAGACUGUAAGUAGAUACUGUACUGUGUCCAGCGUUGUCGUUGGUUGUCCUGUUGUUGUGUUAACGGAACUGUUGUUUGCAGCUAUGGGAGAGCAAGUUAAUGCAAUCAAAAGCAGUGGAUGGGUUUCACUCCGAAGAGCAACAGCUUCUUUCACUCCGAAGAGCAACAGCUUCUCCUGCAAGCUCAGCAACAGCAGCAGCAUGCUCAACAUCACCAUGUGCAUCAACAGCAACAGGCGGCCGCCCACCAGACGCAGGCACAACAAGUUCUUAUCCCUGCUUCACAUCAAGGUACGAUUGGUGGUAACUAUUUGAUGAUAUCAGGCUAGGUGUUGUGGUGGGAUUUUAUGGUGAACUGUGUUUUUUAGUUAUGUUCUAAAAUCCAUUUUCUAUUCAGCCCCACAGCAGCAAGUUCUGCUCCCAGAAUCCAAGCUGAUUCAUCAUAUGACCCAGCAAGGCUUGGUACGUAAGAAAAACUCACACAGCCCUGUCUGACUUACAUUUUUUUUCUUAAAUUUUGUCAUGAGAUUAUUCACAAAAGGGAGUAAAACUCAAAUUGCAAACAAGUAGGCUGACCAUACCAAGCUCAGUCAUGCUAUUAACCUCUGUCAGCAGCACUGUCUGUGAUUAUAUAUUUUAACGGUUUAUUUUACAGAGUUCAGCAGCGACAGCUGCCACCUUGGCUUUACCAGCAGGUGUGACUCCUGUUCAGCAGCUCAUCACUAAUUCAGGCAAGUACUUUAAGUGACUUUCGUAUCCUAUGACACCUGUAGACACGUGGGCAGCACCCAUCAGAUAGCUGCCAUAAUAAGUUAGAAAAGGGGUAAACAAGUCUUUCCCUUUGUACUAGUACAGACUGACUCAUUGAUAUUGAGGGAUGGCUGUCUGCUUAUGCUGUUGUGAACAGCUGGUCACUUGUAAAAUGAACACACACAGACCUGCUCAGUCUGAUCCUGGAUGGGAUUUUUCAGAUGUCCCACUCAAUAUUCAGUAGGGCAUCUGAGCAAAUGUGUCCUUUGUAUAAUAGUUUGUCUUACAAUCUCAUGUAACAUACUGCAUAAAGAAUAGCCUAGGAUAUAACUUAGAACGGGUUUUGAAUUCAGAUAAGAAUUGGUUUAAUUUUUUUUUUAUUUUUUUUAAAGUGCUUAUUAAGGUUUCUGGUUUUAGUUCUUUAGUAAGUGUAUAACUGCAAAAUCUUAACUCGCAGAAAUGCAGACUCUUCAAUGAUAAAAGUCCUGCUUUAUUUUUACUUGGUAAAAGCAUUCCAUAGGCUUUUUAUAAAGCUUUUUUUUAUGUGCCACCUAUAAAUAAGUGCUUUAAAAAAGUUCUUUUUAUUCUAAGCACAAAGCAUGUAAAGCAGCGAAUUUACUGACUGAGGGAGUUAAAAACAAAGCACUUAAUGCAAUAAUGGAAUUAAUAUAUGUUUAUAAAACUCCCAUACAAUUACAAUAGUGCCUUCUUAAAUUCUUCAAACUCAACUUCCAUAGAAAGCAGCCAUACACAGAAUCUGAAAUACAUGUCUUGGGGUGCCCUCCUUUCAGGAUAAAGCACAACUAUGCCAAUGCUUGCCAUUCCACAGCAGCGUCCUGGGGACCUUUUAUGGAGUCAAAUGCUCGUGAUAGUUGCUCUGAAACAGAAAAUGCCCUGCUUGUUCCCAGCAUAAUAUUUGAUAAUAUAGACUUUGAAAUGUAAUACCACAUGGGUAAUUCCAGGGUUUUCUUGCUAGGGUCAAUGGACGUAUAAUGCAUCAGAUCUACUUAAGCUUGUUGCAUGGGUUAAGGUGGAAGUUAUUUACAUGCAUUGGUUUCUCCAGACUUUCCCUAAAAUCUGUUCUGUGUUGCAUUUAUGUGAAGCCAAAUGCUGGAUAGGAAAAACUACUGUGCGUAAGAAAAAUCUAUGUACUGGUUUUCAUUUUAAGAUCUGUUCUGUCCAAAACGUAUUCAGAAUCAAAUGGGGAUUCGUUAUGUAGCAUGCUAGGCUGUAUAUUCAUGUGAUGUUUACACUUUUAGUAAACCAAUUACUUUAAUCCACGUUAAUUAUUAGGCUUGUGUCUGCAGAGAUAACAUGCACCUUUUCACUGCAACAAUUCUAUUUAAAAAAAAAAAAAUCCAACAGGCCUUAAUCCCAUUGUUUCAAGCUAUUCAACAUGAUUGAUUAACCGGUUUCAGUGGUCAUCUUGCAAAAAUUCCAUCAGUGUUUUUUAAAGGUGUAUAACAAAUCAGUUCUGUUCAGUGUUGACCUAAUCUGAAAAGUUAAUCUAAAGAUUAAAUCCUCUGUUUGCAAAUAUUAAAGAUUAUAACAACCUGAAAGAAUGCAUCUUCAUGUGUAAAAAUCACGUUUUAGAUACUCAUAACGACUUAUAUUUCUUUGAUUUCUAAAUCCAAUCUAUGGUUUCUCUAAAGGAUAUAUCCUGUACUUAUUCAGUUACUUAUUUAUCUGACAGGUCAACUCUUACAAGUGGUCCGGGCAGCUAAUGGAGCCCAGUACAUCAUUCAGCCUCAGCAGCAAAUGGUCCUGCAACAACAAGUCAUCCCCCAAAUGCAGCCAGGCGGGGUGCAGGCUCCAGUAAUCCAGCAGGUAAUUGUCAAAAUAUGCUUCUCCAGAAUCUCUUUAAAACAGAUUUUAAAAAUGCUUGCAUAGCUGCAAAUGUGCAGCUAAUCUCUCAGGUACCUAGGUCCAAAAUAUAUUUUUUUAAAUACAAUUUACAGAGUGCAAGAACUUUGGAUACCGGUCAUAUCUUUGUAUCCCUUUAAAUAACAUACAUUUUAAUGUGUACAUUGUGCUAUCUAAACUGCUAUCACAUGUAUAGGCUAACUAAACUGCCUGCUCAGUAGUGCAUGCAGCAUUGCCACCGAUCGCAUUUUCAUGCACAGCUGUGUCUUCUGCUCAAAGCUGCUUUGGUGUGUGGUAGAAACAAACUUGAGGUAACACUAUUUCUCUAUACUGUCAAUUUCAUAAACGGAGUAUUCAAACUGGCUUUUGUAGGUUUGUGUUUUUUUUUUGUUUUUUUUUAUCAGUUGGUUUUCUUUGCUAUUGUAUUUCAUCUUGGCCUCAAAUUAAUGUGGCAUUCAGCAACACUUGCAAAGUGGUGCAGUUCUAAUUUUACUUAACACCAGGGAUGAUCCACCAUUUGUAGAACACCCAUAUGAAUUGAUGCUGGGUCUACCUGCGACAACACGUAAAUUAUUUGCAAGUCAGUAUACUAUGUUAAAGUAACACUAACACAGGAGUACUAACCUGUAUUCCGACACUUUAGUGUCCCUGUCCCUAGUAAAAUAUAGGUGCCACCCAACCUUGUAAUAAAAUAAAUAAUAUUUAAAAAAAAAAAAUUGGCGUAAUGUCCAGCACAUCUAGAAUCAGUCAUGAGUAAGGUCAAAUUAACUAGUUUCCAUGAUAGAAGUGAAAUGCAGUUUGUUCAUGUUAGAGAUGCUAGUCACCAGAACCACUGCAGCGUAAUGUAGUAGUUUUGGUGUCUAUAGUCUGUCAAUGCACUGUGAAAGCUAUGUUUACAUUGGUGCCUAGAUACAGCACUUGUGGUAGUCACUUGGCUACUAGAGGUGCCUCCUGUCUUUUACGUUGUUACGUUCUGCAUGGAAACCCUGGAUGCUUCCCACAGGUGUGUAUCUCAAUGGGUAGAUGCCGAUUAGCGCAGCAAGGCAAUUUGCUGCGCAUGUGCAAUAGCGUUGGAUUGGCUGAGAUCAAGAUUGAUCUCUGCAAUGGAGACGAGAUUGGUGAAAGAAGAAAACGAAAUACCUUUUUAACUCCAUUCUGAGGGUGCCUGGGGACUUAGGCAGCCACUCCAGGACUGAAGUGUUGGGAAUACGUGUCAUUUCUUUUAGAAAUGAGGAGAAAAAAGGGCUUUGUUUCUUCUGCCAGUGUAAGGCAUUGCCACUGUUGUCCAUGGGUAUUCUGUUUGACGUCUGCCACUAUCUGACUGAUUAGAACAGUGUAGCAGAGCUUAUGUAAAACAUUCUUGGAAUCUUACUCUCCAUGUGACAAGGACUCUGAGUAAUUAGCUGUACUCUGUGCGUUGUUUGCUCUGCUGAAGAUACUUGGAAAGCUUCUUAAGAUGGAAAAGUUGACUGUUUAAUACAAAUGCUGUUGUUUUUUUCCUCAGCAUAAUGACUGAAAAGCAUUUAAUCAAAUUUUUUUUUUUUUUUUUUUCCUUUUCUCUUUAGGUUUUAGCUCCCCUCCCUGGGGGUCUCUCCCAGCAAACAGGAGUGAUCAUACAACCCCAGCAGAUAUUAUUUACAGGCAACAAACCUUCUGUCAUCCCUACUACCAUGUCGGCUACACAGGCCUCUGCCCAGGCCCAACUUACCAUGGCAAGUCAGCAGCAUCAGCAGCAACAGCAGCAAGCGCAGCAAGGACAACAGCAGGCGCCACUGGUCUUGCAGGUAGAUGGAGCAGGUGAUACCUCUUCUGAAGAAGAUGAAGACGAGGACGAAGAUGAUUAUGAUGAGGAGGAAGAGGACAAGGAAAAAGAUGGUGAAGAUGGCCAGGUGGAAGAGGUAAUCUUUACUUUUGACUGCAUACCUGGUAAACCAUCUCCUAUGCAUGUCUUGGACUGAAACUGAUCUAUAAGGACCUCUUUUAGGGCAAAGCCUCUUUAUUUUGGUUAAUGUUUGAUACUCCAGGUGUCAAGUGAUCAACAUGCCAAAUAAAAUUCACAAACUUGCUGCCUAUACACUUACUCCAUUUGUUAUGCAUUAGUAAAGCCUCAUGCAACACUAUCAAACUCUUGUAGAUUAGCAAAUAUUGACACUGAAUUUUCUCGAUCAGGAGUGUCUGCAUAGUUUUAUUGUAUGUAUUGCUAGUUAUCCUUGUGGAAAAGCAUUGAGUUUCCUGUUGGUUACAUGUUUUGUAUAUAAUGCGCCUCUAUUUCAGGAACCACUCAAUAGUGGAGAUGAUGUGAGUGAUGAAGAGGGCCAGGAAUUGUUUGACACAGAAAAUGUUGUUGUCUGCCAGUACGAUAAGGUAAAUGAAGUGUUACUCGUAGGCCUCUCAUGGUAAUUAAUCUACAGGAUUGAGCAAUAAAUCUGUUUUGCAAUGCUAUCUCUUUAGAUUUUACUCCAUUGCUGCAAUGCAUGGAACACCUAAUUCUAACAAUGGAGGAUCUGUUCCGUUGCGGAGACAAAAUCAUUUAAACUGUGUUUUUGUGAUUUCCCCACCUUCCUCCCUGCAAUCUAAUUCAUAAUGCACCCAGAAAAGAUUUAAAUUGCAGUUGGGUGGACAGAAAGCCUCAUUGCCCCCUCCCCCCUAUAUUUAAGAAAGUAUUAAGUAGUUUCUCCUAUGGGGAGUGUGACCUUUGGC